GAAGUUUCAAGAUCAUAUCCUCCCAAACAUCAAGCAGAAACCUCCACUUCUUCCCUCCUUCAAUGGCCCAAAAACAACACAUAAUCCUCUUCCCUUCCAUGGGCCAAGGCCAUUUCAUUCCAUUCGUUGCACUCGCUGCACAUCUAGAUCACCUAGAUCGAUACACCGUCACCCUCGUAAGCACCCCAAUCAACGUCAAAAACCUUCAGUCUACCCUCCCCCCAACCAGCUCCAUCCGAUUCGCCUCCCUCCCUUUCAACGGCCCAGAUCACGGCCUCCCCCCCAACUCAGAAAGCACCGAUACCUUACCGUACCAUCUCUCCCUCCGUUUACUACAAGUUUUCGAAACGCUCAAACCUUCCUUCGAUAAACUCAUCUCAGAAAUCACUAGAGAAGACGGCCGCCCACCUCUCUGCAUCAUCGCAGACAUGCUCCUUGGAUGGACGGUCGAUAUUGCAAACCAGUUCGGUAUAUUCCACACCGUUUUCAUAGUAAGUGGAGCCUACGGAACUGCCGUCUACUUCUCGCUCUGGCUCAACCUCCCUCAUUCCAAAACCGAUUCGGACGAGUUCCCGCUACCCGAUUUCCCCGAACCGAUCUCUAUCCACAGAUCCCAGCUCACCAACCAUCUCAAACUCGCCAACGGCUCUGAUGCGUUGUCCCAAUUACACCACCGCUUGCUUCCUCUAUGCUUCCGAUCCGAUGGGCUCUUGUUCAAUACAGUGGAAGAGCUGGAAAAGACUGGCUUGGAAUAUUUCAGAAAGAAGAUGAACCGGCCGGUUUGGGCGAUUGGACCGGUGAAGAACGUAGAGUAUGCAAGAAAGGAGCCUGGAAUUUCCGUGGAUAGAUGUCUUUCAUGGUUGAAUCUCCACGGUCCGAAUUCUGUACUGUUCGUAUCGUUCGGCUCUCAGAACACCAUCUCUGUUUCCCAGAUGAUGGAGCUGGCGAUGGGUUUGGAAGCGAGCGGAAGGCCGUUCAUUUGGGUCGUUCGGCCUCCGGUCGGGUUCGACAUAAACGGAGAAUUCAGGGCAGAGUGGCUGCCGGAGGGAUUUGAAGAGAGGAUGACAGAAGGGAAGCAGGGAAUGUUGGUGAGGAAAUGGGGACCCCAGCCGGAGAUACUGUCUCAUGGAUCGACGGGCGGGUUUCUCAGCCACUGCGGUUGGAAUUCGACGGUGGAGAGCUUGAGCAGAGGAGUGCCGUUGAUCGGAUGGCCGUUGUCGGCAGAGCAGUUUUACAACGUGAAAAUGAUGGAGGAGAAGUUGGGGGUGUGCGUGGAGAUUGCGAGGGGCAGUAGUGCGGAGAUUGAGAAGAGUGAGGUGGUGAGGGUAAUAGAGGAGGUGAUGGGAUGUAAUGAGAAAGGAGAGGAGAUGAGAAGGAAGGCGUUGGAACUGAAGGAGAUGAUGAAGGACGCUUUUAGAGAAGAUGAAAGAUUCGUGGGCUCUUCUUUAAAAGCUUUGGAUGAAUUUCUAGCAACUGCACUCCGCAAAGACGAUAAUUGAAGGGAAAUUAGCGCGUGUAGAAUCGAUGAAUGCCAUGUUUGGGAUCGGCCGGGCCAACAUGUCCAGAUUGUCCGACCAUUUGCACCGUCGAUCUUCUUGGCACUGUCACAGAUAAGUUACGAUCAUGUAAUCAAUGUCCGAUCUUUGAUUUUGAAUUUUCCGUACAGAGCUUUGCUUGAA